AACAUUCUUUCCCAUAUAAGACAACGCUACGGCGGUAGAUCAUCUAGUUAAGUUGUUGGUAGCGGUUUACUUCUGCGUCUUCACGCAAAACAUGGGACUGAAGUCUGUGCUGUGUUUUGUGUGGUGCUUCACUAUCGUCGGGUGCUUCGGCGGACUGAUUGAAGAUGACUACGGCCCCGGUAGCGGUGACAGCGUCAUGUCGACCGGAGCCGACGACAUGGAGUUCGUGGAUGUCGGUCCAGCCGUGACCAUGUCAGCGGAGGGCGCAGCGGGCACCAGCAGCCUGAUUUCGCCAGAGUAUCCCGACUUACCGGCACCGGCAGCGUCCAUCGGCACUCUACUUUCCGCUGAUUAUCCCACCGAAACAGCAUCUGCCGCCUCGUUGCCCUCGUCUAAAACUCAACAGGCAGCGGCGGACGAUUAUCCCGAUCUGACCCAGAGCGCGGGAAGCAGCGAUUACGACGUGGCACCAUCACCCGUUCAGCAAUUUGAAAAGGUGCCGGAUUACGGGGAGAUCAAGAGUGUCGUGAUGAUUAUCGAUGGUGAACGGGUGCCGGACAAUGAGUUCAACUUCAUCGUCAGUCUGCGCAAAGACGGCGGGCAUCACUGCGGCGGCUCGGUACUGGAGGAUCGCAGGACAAUCAUCACCGCCGCGCACUGCGUCAACAAAAAUGGAGUAACCUAUCCGACAUCGAUACUCAGCGUCGUCGUGGGCGUUCACAAGCUAUCGGCCGCCACCCCGGCCAACAUCAUCCCGGUCAGCCAGGUCUUCGUCCAUCCGCAGUGGAACGAAGAAGCGAUCGUGAAAGACAUCGCCGUCUUGCGUCUGGCCCGCAGCAUCAGCGACCCCAAAGUCACCAGCGUCAAACUACCUCCGCCCGACCGCAAACCGGAUACCGGGCGGCCGCUCGUCGCCGCCGGCUGGGGCACCAUGAAGCAGGGCCCGCAGGGUGGCCCCGCGUCCGACGACCUGAUGAAGGCAACACUGAAGGUCGCCGACCACGCGGUCUGUGCGCAGAAAAUGGGGCGGGACUCAAGAAAUCCCAUUCCGGACACUCAAAUCUGUACGGAGAACGAGAAGGCGGGAACCUGCCAGGGUGAUAGUGGGGGUCCCCUCAUUAAUCGCUUCCCAGCAGGAGAUUUCUUGGUUGGACUGACGAGUUAUGGAACUCGGGGAUGCACUCUGGGCUCAGCUGCCUUCUUUACCCGGGUCAGCGCCUUCUCCGACUGGAUCGACAGGGUCGCCAAAGGCCAACAACCAGCGCCGCCUGCCGCUCCGGCACCCCCACCAGUCGGCCCCGCUCCGGCACCCGCACCAAUCAACCCCCCGCCGCCGCCCGUUGCCCCCGUCCCGAUUCCCGAAUUCCCAGCUCCUGGACCGCCUCCCUGUAACAGUGGCUGUGAUGCCGGAUGGGGACCUGGUGGAAUCGCCGUGGUGAUCGUCCUACCGGGUGCGCCCACCGGCAGCUGCCAGCGGAUGCCGGGCGCAGGGAUGGGGAUGUGGGGCAGGGAGAUGGGUCUCAUGUGUAGCGGCCGCGGUACGACUUCCGGUGGGACACGCUGCCGCUUCACGGGGCGCGGUAUCCGCUGUAGUCGCAGCGGAUUUAUGGGACUGUAUUCCACUGGCGAGGAGGCGCAGUGUUUUAAUUACGAAGGCCGACGGUAUUGUCCCAAGAGCGCGCUGUCGGCGUCGACUACGCCACCGAGUACUACGUCGAAUGCUGACUAUGAUCAGUACGGCUAAAUGAUAAUAAAGUGAAUACGUUCCUGUGAUUCCGUAUGACUGGCUUUUUUCGAAAUUUUAUCGGUAGCUUUUUUGCAACAAAUGAUUGUUGUCGACAUGACUUUUCACUUAGGUGAGUGACUGUUUAUGCGCCUUGUUGGUACUUUGUAUGAAAAAGUAAACGUUAUCGCUGAAAUUAAACGGUAAAUCAUAUUU